ACUUAGCGACACUCGCUAACGACAACAUAAACAAAGUUGCUAAGGAUUUUCCAACCAGCUUUUAAAUAAUAUGCAUUUUUACAAAACAGCGCAAAAUUUGCAAUAACACAGAACUAAUUUGUACAUAAAAACAUUGAACAUUCUGUAAUGGCCGAUGAAGAAGGAAGACAAUCCGAAAGUCCAACAGCAGAUGAUGCUGGUCGAAAGUCAACAAGUCCUGAACCAGUUGAAGCCACAGAUGAAUUUCAUGAUGUUCACGAUCUGAAUCAAAAUGCGACAACUGAAGGUGAUGAGGCAAAUGAAAAUGGCGUUCCUGGUGAAGAUGAGUUAGACACUACUCAGCCUGAAACUGCAGAAGAUGAGCAGAUCAUGGAACCAACAGAGUCUGGAGAAAAUCUUGACGACACUGAAGUGGCACCUGAGGAGGAUGCAGAGGAGCAACUGACAGGUGGGGAUGAUCUGCCGGCCCAGUUGGAGAUGGAUGCUGAAGAACCUGAGCAAUAUAAGGCAACUAUUAAAGAGCCAAAGCCAGAGAGUCCUGAGCAUAAGCAAAAAUCUGACUCAGAGCAGAAAACUAUGUCGGAAUCCCCAAAGCCAUCUGUGACAGCAGAUACGCAGGUGCGAAGGAUACCAGAUGCUCCACAGAUACCUUCUCCUGAACGUGCAGAGUCAGAACUGGAAGGCACCAUGUCAAACACAGCUCUGAAUAUCAUUUGGUCUUUUGGACUGAACAGAAAUGUUCCUGUACUGAACCUGACAGACAACACUCGUAAAGUGAUAAUGUAUACAUGUGCUCAUGUUGGAAUCCUGUAUGACUUCAACAGUAACAGGCAACACAUUCUUCAGGGCCAUUCAAACCCUAUCACCUGCACUUGUGUGAGCGAAGACAAGCGCUGGCUGGUAACAGGUGACCAGGGAAAGGACAGCAUGGUGAUUGUCUGGGACACAUACACCGGAGUGCCAAUCCAGACCAUAUUUGACACCACUGAUGGUGCCAGUGGUGGUGUUGUUGCAGUUGGAAUGACCCCUGAUGCCAAAUACCUGGCCACUCUGAGUGCUGCAAAGUCACAGGUUUUGUCUAUCUGGGACUGGACAGUUGAUGGUGACACUCCACUUUGUUCUGCUGAACUCAAACCAUCAUAUGGAGUACAGGACUUUAUCCUGUUUAAUCCAGAAGACAUCCAUUACCUAGUUACCAACAGUGACUCACAAGUGAUAUUCUACAGCUGGAGUAAUGGCCACAUGGAGUACUUUGCCCCGCCCCUCACAGAUCAGGAUUUCAACAAGCAAGUAGGCCGCUAUAGCCAAUCUAUCUUCCAGAGGAACAGUUCGAGAGCUCUCACUGCCACAUCCAUUGGAAAUUUGGUGGUCUGGGAUAACAAUAAGCCGAUCACUAAAGUUAUCAGCUCAGAACCAUCUGCCAACAAGAAAGCUCUCAAGAUCAUCCGUUUGCAAGAGAGAGGCAUCAAUGUGAUCACAACCACUGACAAGUACAUAGUUGUGGGCGAUGUUGCAGGCCAUGUGAAAUUCUUUGACCAGAGUUUGAAGCUCGUCCAUUGGUACCAGGAUCUCAACCUUGGUCCUGUUGCUGCCAUCUCAUUUGCAUUUAACCCUGACUUCAUGCCAGUAGCUAGGGAAGGCACCAACUACCCCCCUGAUGCUACUAUUCAGGCCAAGCAGUUUGUUAUCCGUGACUUUGUGGUUGGCUCAAGUAUCGCCAUAUACGGCAAUGUCACAGCUGAUGGAACGACUGUAAAGAUGAUACACAGGGAGCACGAUGGGGCCAUUCACUCUCUGGCUGCACACCCACUUGAACCCGCUGUAGUGAUUGGGAGUUACUCAGGUCUUCUCAAAGUCUGGAAUUAUGAAAAGAAGAGGGUGAUGGUUUCUCGCACAUUUGAAAAAGGGAAUUUGAUACGCUGCUGUAGCUACUCUCCUAAUGGAGCGUACCUGGCGGUAGGGUUUAUGAACGGUACAGUGCGUGUGUUGGACUCCAUCACUCUACAGGAUGAGGUGCCAGAGCCAUUCCGCUAUGCUCGAGAUGCCAUUACACACAUUGAGUUCUCACAUGACUCUAAGUACCUGGCAACAGCUGACGGAGAGUACACUGUGACAGUGUUUGUCCGCAAGCAUGGAAUCAAUGUCGCCCCCUUUGAGUACCUGGGACGUAACUGCGCCCACUACAAACCCAUCAAGGAGCUCGUGUUUGGUGUACAGCUAGAUGCAGACGCACCCAGGCUUCUCUCUCUUGGAGUGGACAGAGUGCUGGUUGAGUAUGACCUUGAAAAGAGCAGCCGAGAUGACCUUCAGAUUGCGAGCAGUGACCGGAUAGAGCAGAGUGGGGUACCCCAGUGUAUGACCUGGUACCCACCAAUAACCAAGGAACACUUCAUCCUCACAGCCAAUGAUCAGUAUAAAUUCAAUCUCUACAAUGCUACCACCAAAAUGUGCAGGAAAACCAUUUUGGGACCAACAUAUGGAUCACCAAUUCAGAAAGUUGCAGUUGUUCCCACUAAGGAUGCGUCGCGUGACAAACGGUACCUGGCAUACAUCACCCAGGACAAAGUUGGCCUUAACAUGCUGCCCCUUGACGGCAACCCUCACAAUGCAAUGGCACUGAUAGGCCACCCAGGGGGUGUGGCCAACAUGGUGUGUAGCUAUGACGGCAGAUACCUGUUCACUGCGGGAGGCAAUGACGCCACAGUCCAUAUGUGGGAGAUCAACGUCAAUGCUCUAGAGGCCCAGUCUUCUCUGGGUGGCGAGGACUUGAUCCCAUUCUAUGGCCUGCUGGAAGGAGGCAGGGAUGGUGAACUCUUUAAGGAGCUGGAGGACUACUUCUACUAUGCCCAAAUCAGGAGCCAAGGCGUGAAUGCGAUGGAUUCACGAGAGGUAUCUACCAAGAUUCCUGUGUCGGAAAUUCCAUUUGUAAUGAGGGCUAUGGGUUUCUAUCCAUCAGAACAAGAGAUUGAAGAAAUGUUAAAUGAAGUGAAGUUCAGCCGCUAUGUGGAGACAGGCAGUUAUGUGGAGGCAAUAGAUCUUGGAGAAUUCAUCAAAUUGUACAUAAACCAUCGACCAGCCUUUGGCCUGUCCCCGGAGAAACUAGUGCAAGCCUUUGCAACAUUGGGUAUGCCGUCUGGAAAGGGUUCUGCCAUCAACAGGGGAGAUCUACUGGAAAUGCUUCAAACUAAAGGUGAGCACAUGACAGAAUAUGAGCUGGCAGAGUACCUGAUGACGUUGCUAGGAUACCAUGCAGAGGGAGGCAGCAGCGAGUUGCAGGACUUUGACACCAACAUUGCCGGUGACAUCAUCAGUGAUAACCUGCCUGUUGACAUCACGGCCGACAUGUUUGCUAACGAGGUGCUGGGAUUUGCCAUGAGCAUGGAAAGUCAGGGCAAAGCGUGAAACACUUGACGGACAAAUGUGAUGGUUUUUCAAGUGUGUUAAAGUUGGACAAUAGCUAUUUGUUAUAUGUUUUUGAACCAUAAGAUAUGUGCAUAUUUUAAAUAAAAUGUUAUUUAAUUGAAAAAUAUUGAUGGUUUAAAUGAGUACUUGUUUGAGAUAUGAUCUUUUUAUGUUGAUAAGGUAUAUUUGUAUGUACUUAAAUGCCUGUGAUAGAAUAAAUGUUCAAUGAGUUUA